AUGUCGCCAGACCCGAACAAAGUGAUACCGGCUACUAUCACUGGGGUCAAGCACGCGUUAGAAGCGGCAGCAGCCACGGACACAGUCAAAAGGGUUGUCUAUACCUCUUCUGUCGUGACAUUGCCCAGCUUUGCGCCUGGCGUUGUCGGGCACAUCACCGCGAGUGAGUGGAACGUCGAAGCUGUCAAAGCAGCAUGGGCGCCGCCGCCGUAUGAUCAAUCCCGCAUGCUUAAGGAGAAGAAGCCUUCUUUCACUUUCAACACUGUCCUGCCGGGACUGGUGCUGGGACCGAUCCUCGAUGGGGCGAACUCGUCGAUGGCGGGGUUCGUCCAAGGCAUCCACGGCGGCGAUGAGAACGCAACACAGUUGAUUCGCAAUCUGCCUGAAGCCACUUGGCAUGUUGAUGUCGAGGACACUGCGAUCGUCCACGUUGCGGCGCUGCUCGAUGAUAGCGUAAGGGGAGAGCGCAUAUUGACACUCGGCGAGCCUUUCACGUAUCAGAGAGCCAUCGAGACGCUGAGGAGAAUAGACCCAUCCAAGACGGACUAUGCGGAACCACUUCCAGGCGAUCAGGAGAAUCGUGUAGUUGCGGACACUUCGAGGGCGGUCGAGCUGCUGAAAAAGAAUGGUCGUGACGGAGUCACAAGCCUUGAACAGAGCUUGUCCAACCAGUUUUCGAGAUAG